AUGUGCUUUACAUCAGCUUUCGCCGAAUGCGGAGACACCUGCAACAAUAUCGGUCUAGGUGUGUACCUGGAAAAAAUGCUGAAAGAAAGCACUACAUCUGUAUGGAUGCAGAACAUUCGUCUAGCGCUCAUUGGAAUCCCGAUAUCAGUCAUGUCGAUGUGGAUCUAUGAAGGAAAACAAAUUUAUGAAGAUGGCUUCUUUCGCGGUUGGGAUGUCAUGGUUGUCAGUUUAACAGUGCUGAAUUCUAUUGGAGGAUUGCUGAUCUCUAUUGUCAUCAAAUACGCCGACAAUAUUCUGAAGGCAUACGCACAGGUCGUGACUAAAUUUGCUUGA